AUGGCAGCCACAGUACAGUCUCUCUUCUCCCUGAACGGCCGCACCGCCGUCGUCACCGGUGGCACGCGAGGAAUUGGCCAGGCCAUGGCUUUGGCUCUGACCGAGGCCGGUGCCGAUGUUAUUCUGAUUCAGCGUGAUGAGUCCAACACUGCCACCAAGGACGACAUUAUCAACCGCCUUGGUCGUAAGGCGCAUAUUCACGUUGCCGAGCUAUCAGACCGCAAGGCUGUCAAGGAGAUCAUUCCUUCCAUCGUGAGCAAAGGCUUCAAGCCCGACAUCCUGCUGAACUGCGCCGGUAUUCAACGGCGCCACCCGAGCGAAAAGUUCCCCGACGAGGACUGGGACGAGGUGAGUGCUACAUUCUUAUCUCAAAAACAUCGACCCCUCUAUGCACCCAAGCUCCUGCAAGCUUGGAAUCCCUUCAUUUCACAUGAAACACUAGCUAAUCAUGCCAAUGAACAGGUCCUCGAAGUCAACCUCUCUCAAGUCUUCAUCCUCUGCCGCGAGUUCGGCGCCUACCUGCUUGCCCGUGACGCUUCUGAGUUCCCCUCCGGCCGCCGGGGCUCCAUCAUCAACGUUGCCUCGCUCUUGACCUUCCAGGGUGGUAUCACCGUGCCCGCCUACGCCGCAUCCAAGGGCGGCGUGGGCCAGCUCACCAAGGCUCUCUCUAACGAAUGGGUUGCCAAGGGAAUCAAUGUCAACGCUAUUGCCCCUGGGUACAUUGCCACGGACAUGAACACCGCUUUGAUCAAUGAUGAGAACCGGAAUACCAGUAUUAUGGCACGUAUUCCGGCCGGUCGGUGGGGUCAACCGGAGGACUUCAAGGGUGUGGUAGUCUUCUUGGCUAGUGGCGCCAGUAGCUAUGUCUCUGGCGAGAUUAUUACUGUGGAUGGUGGAUGGAUGGGUCGGUGA